CGUGUGUUACUCUUUGGUUGUUUACCCUGUUGCUUGUUGCACGUCGAGCUCGUCACUAACGUUUAAUUAUAACCAAGGUUAACCGUCACAGAGCUGCAGCUGACCGUCGGAGCAAACCACAGACACAAACUAACGGAAACGGUUGAGAGUUACCGGAGUACCGUCGGUGUUGUUCGGUAACGUGAAGUCAGCGGGUUUAAACCGAAGUGCACUUUGCUCCAGAGAAAGUUCAGGCAGCUGUUGAGUGCAGAGGUCACCAGACAGCUCUGACCGUCUCUCCGGGACGAUGGCGAACCCUUUGAGGGCUGAAGUGGUCCGACUCUAUAAAAAUCUUCUCUACCUCGGACGGGAGUAUCCUAAAGGUAGCGACUACUUCAGGGACCGCCUCAGAGCUGCGUUCUCUAAAAACAAAAAUGUGCAGGACCCGGAGCAGAUCAAGGAGAUGAUUGCUCGGGGAGAAUACGUGGCCAGAGAGCUGGAGGCGCUCUACUACCUGAGGAAAUACAGAGCCAUGAAGAAACGCUACUACGAGGAAUAAAAGGCUCCUGCAGAGACACUUCAGAGACUCAUUCUGCUGCAACCAGCUGUGCUUCUUAAUCAAACUUAAAUCAAGUAGAAGAUUCAUUCGUCCUGCUGGAAAAUAAAAAAUUAGACAAACAUAAGAGGAAUUGCCUUAAAAUUUAUUUGAGUCUUGUGAAACAGACUGGAACGUCCGUCCUCUCAAGACAAAACAAAAAACGUCAGCAGCUUUAAAGGUUUUAUUGUUUUGUUCCUGUAGAGUUGAUUCGGUACUGACAGAAAAACACUUAAAUAAAAGUAUAAAAAAGACAAGUUGUGCUUCAGACUACAGUAAGACCAAGAGAGCACAAACCCCUCAGCUCACAGUAGAAAACAGUAGAGACGCCGCCUCGCCCUGGAGGAGGCGCUGAGGUCAGUGGUGCUGUGGGGCGAGGGAGUUGCCGUCAGCCAGGUUAGCUCUGCAGAUGGGACAGGUGAUGUUGUCCUGUCAGGGGGAAGACAGACGGUUACUAUCAUCAUCAUUAAUCUAUCAGUAUGAAUCGGAGUAAGGCAGAGAAUCGGCAUAUUAAGAAAAAUAAUUUAAAACCAUUCGAUUUAUUCAUAUCUAAACAGUUACAGACUGACUAAUCGUUGUAGAUUAAGUUCAGACAUUUAUCCUUGAAUGAUAGUGAACACCUCUGUGAUUUAGGGAUGGAAAUCGAGAAUCCAUUAGAAUCGUUUACCUUCGAGCUUUUCAGUUCUCUUUAGCGAUGCUGUCAUAUUUUUCUGCAAAUAAUUAAGUCAAACUCCCGUGUCUACUCUGUUGGGAACUUACACCAAGAAAGAGUCAUGGUGGAGUGGAUGAUCGGUCCAAAGCGUGGCUUCGUUUCACAAAGAAAGAUGACAACAGUUCUGCUAUAUGUCGGUAAAAUGAUUACGGGUGGAAACACCAGCAGUAUGCUGAAAUAUCUUUCUAACAUACUGUUAUAAUAACAUUAAUAAUGUAAUAACAGUGCAGCACAGGCAGGCUCAGCUGAUUUUUAUUCAACUAAGAAAAUCGAAAUGAAAAACGAAUGCUGUAAAUACUCUGUCAUUUUAUCCACUAAAGGUAAUGACCAACUAAAUGUUGCUACAGCUGCUCCACUCGAACGUCAGCUCCUCCUCUCAUAGCGGUUAAACAGUGACACUUUUCCCACACUUCUUCCACAUGCGUGCCUUUUUCUAAUGUUGCUACACUGUGUUCAGACUCAGAGAUAAUAAAACAGUUGUGUUGACACUGAAAA